GACAUCAAAAUCAAAAUUGUAACAAGUUAAAGUAAAAUAGUUAGAAGUGAAAUAGCUGAAUAAUUCUUAUAAUCAAGCAUGGCUACGAUGUUCCUAUUGCAACAUUGCCCCAGAAUGUGGCCGCAUUCAAUCGCAUUGCAUCGAAGCUGUCACUUUGUGUCCACGCAAAAUGUAAAGAGCAACGAUGACGCUGAACUGAAGGACAAGUUAAAACAGAGCGAGGCGAUUAUACAACAAGCGAGGAGCUUGUAUAGCCCGGAUGAGUUGAUGCUGUGCUUCAAUGGAGGCAAGGACUGUACCGUUCUGCUGGACCUGCUCUCUAGGCAGCUGAAUAAUUCGGCUCCGUUGCGCGCUGUUUGUGUCAAAUCUCACGACCCGUUCGAGGAGGUGGAACAGUUUAUCGACAGCAGCAUUGAACGAUAUGCAUUGGAAUUGCAACGCUACCAUGGCGCCCUCAAGAUGGCCAUUGAACAAGUGCUGGCAGAGCAUCCUCAGGUGCGGGCCAUGUUCCUGGGCUGCCGACGCAGCGAUCCCGGCUGUGAAAAGCUCUCGCGGAUGAUGCCCUGUGACAACGGCUGGCCAUCUUUAAUGCGUAUCUUUCCGUUGCUGGAUUGGAGCUACCAUGACAUUUGGAACUAUCUGCGUAGCCAGAAGCUGCCCUAUUGCUCCCUCUAUGAUCAGGGCUACACAUCCUUGGGUGAACGCAGCAGCACACGGGUUAAUCCCAGCUUGUUAGUCUACGAUGAGCAACUCAGAAAAUUAAUAUAUCGACCCGCCUACGAGUUGCAAGAUGAUAAACUGGAGCGUGCCAAUCGCGAGGAUGCUCAACUAGUUCAUCUCGCUCGCCAGCACCAUCAAAAUCCUUAAACAAAUUCUAUCAGAAAUACAAAAACAAAUCAUGUCAAGUGCAAGUUUGUUUUUUUU